ACGUCAAUAGAUAGCGGUAAAUGCGUUUCCUGUCGAACGUCAUGAGGUGCGUGCGUGGUGCUCGCCCAAACAUUCCACGGCAGAGUAAAUGAAAAGCUCGAGCACGAACAUCGGACGUGGGUGGCUAUGGCUAGAACGGUACAUAUGUAAACCGUGCCACCCACGCACAUUUACCGCUACUCCCCAGAGCUUUGGUGUCGCCAAGCUUUGUCAGCUGGCUGCAAAGCUCGUGCGGUUUUGCGGACGUCAGGAUGUGAGAACAGCCGGGAGGAGCGAGAGAGAUUCGCCGCUGCAGGUGAGCGAGGGAGCAGGCGAGCGAACGAGAGCGAAAGGACUCGCUGGAAUCCGUGCAGAGGAGGCAGCAACAGCGGCAGCGCAGUUACAGUUAUUGGCAACAACAAAUACAUACACACAUGCACACUCGCACAUCGAUAACCGUAUCCAGAAGAGGUCCUUUCUAAAAAGGCAAACGCGGAAAAAGUGGACGCGACUCCUUGGAGCAUCGGGCGGAGCAUGGAAAUUGGUCACUUGAGCGGUCCACCGCUGUCCCAGUGACUCGCAGGACUUGGACAACAACUGCAACCCACACAGAAAGCACAGGAAGCCCACACACAAACACACGCACAACACCCACUGGAGCCCACACACAUACACUGGCAGAAACACACACGUACACAUGGUCAGGAUACAUGGACUCUGUGCAAGAUUAGGCAACUAGCUGGUCAGGAAAAUCCGCCAUGGCACUGGUGCACACAUUCCUGGGCACUUGGGAGAUUGUCUGUUGCACCUUCGAGGGAAAGCGGGAACUGUCCGGCUUGGAGGGCAUUAAGUUUCGGUUGGACGACACUAGCGAUAUCACCUGGUACAAUGACCUGGUCAGUCCUCUGCCGGAAAGCAAGGACUGCGGCACCUUCUGCGAAUCGGCCAGUGUGCUCUUCAGUUGCGAAACCUUCGAUGUGCACGAGAUCAAUCCGCGUCUUGUGUUCGGAGCCUUUGCCGGUCACAGCAUUGAGUUCAGCACGAACACCCUGACGCCCACGGAUACGCUGGUGUUGAGUUGCGAGAAUUGGUACGCGGUCGAGUGCAAGCGAUUGCAGGAUGGCCAGGCUGCCGGCCAGGAGAAGCAGCUGAGCUUCGCGGAGGCGCUGCAGGAGUCCUACUUCAGUGACGUGAUGGUCAAGAGCUCCAGUGGCAUGGAGUACGCUCUGCAUGCCUCCAUCCUGCGGCUCAAUGGCUUCGAUUGCAGCAUGUGCGUGAAUAGUGCUCCCGCUUCGGCUGCUGCCCGUCAAGGAUCAGCCAGGACAUGUCACAGUGGUCCGAAUACGCCGAACCCCAUCAGGAUAUCCGUGGCUCCGGCCAGCGAUGAGGGACACGACAAGUCGCUGCCGCGUCUGAAUCUCUCGCCCAUUUACCUCCAGCCGCCCUGUGACUUCCAGUCGAUGCCAUCCUCCGGUUUGGGUUUGGGCGCCCAGCGAGUGCAUCAAUUCAGCAGCAGCUUCAAUUGCCUGAGCAACGGCAAUGACGGCGAUUCGGAUGCAGGAUCGGUGGGCAGAACCGCCGGCUUGCUGAGCUUGGAAUGCGGCGGUGGGAUGUACCGACUGCCGCCCACCUCGCACUCGGACUCGCAUCUGGAGACGUCGCAGUCGCACUGCAAGAACAUCUUCAACUUCUGCCAGGAUCUGAUACUGCAGCCCACGCCCACGCCAUUGCCGCCGGCCACCGGAUUGGCCAUCUGCAGCAUCCGGCGACCGCCGUUGUCCCCGUACCGUGCCCGCAGCCCCUCGCCCUUCCCCAGCUCCAUGGACACCCCGCCCUCGUCCCCGCUGACGCCCGUCGGUGUCCUGUGCAACCUGCCCACCUUCCUGCUGGGCCCCAUCCUCCACUGGCUGUACACGGAGUCCCUGCUCCCCGAUCUCGACGAGGAUGUGUGCGAGAAGCUCAUCAGCUUCGCCGAAUCGCAGCCUUCGCUCACCAAGCUGGUGGAGCCGACUCGCAAGUACCUGCGACUAAUAAGACUCAAGAAAUUCGUGGUCAACGUAACUAUGGAUCUGCAUGGAAUACUAAAUCGGGUCAUACAGUGCUUAAACCCCGGAAACAUAACCCGCGAUCCUGCGCAGCUCUAUGCCACAUUUCAGGAUGCCCUGCGGGAAUGUGCCAUAGGCUGCGCCAAGGUGCUCCAGUUCUGUAACAUUUUUAUUACGGACGCCACACACAUGACGCGAUAUCAAAAGAAUGAGAUUGUCAAGUACAUUCGAACCCGCAUCCCAAUUUUUAUGUCACAAGUUCAGCAGCUGCUUCGCAACGUACUUGGGGUCUUUGUGGGCCUGAGUGUCGAUGAGAAAGCCGACUUGGUGAACUAUCUAGUACCUGAAAUCGAAUCAACCUUAUUUGUAUUGACCGCUGUGAUAGAGGAAAUCAAAAACUCAUUGGAAAUCAUGUGUAAGGACCUUAAAUGCUCCCACUUGGAUCUUCCACUGCAACAACAGCAGGCUGAGGACGCUAUUGUCAUGCAACUGCAGAUCGCGGAUGCUGGCGGCGAAUCAUCGCCACGUCCUCGUCGCGGUGCUCCCGUGGGCCUAACGCUCUACGACAAUCUCACGGAUAAACAGCGCCUUAGUUCGGCGGAGAAUGACCUUAAGUUCGUGCUCUAUAUGUACGAGGUCCGGAAAAUGCGAGACAUUUACGGCCGAAUUGUGGCAGCACUGGAAAUAAUCAAGGAUAAAAAGAGUACAUUCUGCGAAAUGGAUUUUCUGAGCAAAAGUAGUACAAUCAAUCAGAAUCUUGAGCAACUAAUCAUGGACAUUCCCGCUUACAUCUUCAUUGUGGAGAACUUAUCGGAUCGACUGGACGACAAGCUGGGUUGGAAGGAGUUCAAGUUCUGCUUCAAGCUGGCCACCAGUCAGAUAAAUGGCGUUAUUGCCAAGUUACUGGAUCACAAGGAUGCCCUGGGCGAUGCCAUUACACAAAUCUGUUUGCUGGUGCGAAAGCAAGAGUUCACACAGUCCGUAAUUGAACUGGGAUUACUAGAUGGGUCGAGUCGAGUGACGAGCAACUUGAAAAUGGCCGAUCAUGAGAACAACCUAAAUCAAGGGCUGGGCGACAAGGAGGCGAUCUAUUUGGAUCGUAAACAGUAUUACGACUACAAUAGCAUCAAGCUAAACCUCAUUCGACAUCUCUGCGAGCCACCGAUUGCCGCCAGUAGCAAUCUGUCGAAGAACGCCCUGCGCCUGCUGCACUCAACCCAACUGGCCGACAUGGAGUUCGAGGUUCACACCUAUGCCCCAGCUUCGAGUGCUUCGAGUGCUAAUGGGAAAUCGGAAAAUGCCUCCGCAGAGGCGGCGACGAAAGCCCUUCAGGUUCAUAGCUUCAAGGCUCAUCGGGUGAUCGUCGCCGCUCGCUGCGAGUGGUUCAAAAAGGCUUUGAUGUCCGGGAUGCAGGAGUCGAUCAACCGGAAGGUCAUCAUCACAGACACCUCACCCGUAAUAUUCCGCCGCCUGCUGCUUUAUCUCUACGGUGCUCCCAUCGAUAGGACAGUCGGCGCCGAACAGGUGUGCGAGCUAAUGCUUCUGGCAGAUCGCUACUCCAUCGAUGAUCUCAAGGAAUUGUGCGAAAAUACCCUAUACUCUUUAAUUGACGAGGACUCCGUUGUAUGCCUUCUGGGAAUUGCGGAUCGCUAUAUGGCCACCGCUUUGAAGUCGAAAUGCCUUUCUUUUCUCUCGCAACACGCGCAACUGACCAAGUGUGAAAUAUUCAAGGAAUUGCCUCAGACACUUCAACUGGAGGUUAUGGAUUUGAUUCACUGGUUUGGACGCGUCUCCGAGCCGUGGAACGAUCGCGGAUUCAAGCCGCGGAGCAGCUCGCGUCACAGUUUGAAGAGUCCUUCGAAGCCGCGCUCGCGAUCCCGCAAGUCCUCGCCCUCCUACAUGUGACGCCGACAAAGCGCCAUUGAACACACGAAUGCCAACUUCUUGUGAUAAUUUUAGAAGACUUCGCAUCCAGACGGAUAAAAUAGUCAGUAAGGAAGGAGGAGCAUAUGGAGUAGUAUAUGGAACGAGGAUAUCGCGCGAAUAUGCCAUAAGACCUUUACAACGGGGCGAGGAGAUUGUCAAAAUCAGUUACAGGAAUGACCGGGACUCUGACUCUCGUAUCUGUUUCGAUGGAUUAUCAGCGGAGCAGAAAGACUAACCACAAUAUCAAGCCAAAUAGGAAAAAGGCAAACAUGACCUGAUUUUAAUGAGUUUUACUUAGUUCACUAGUAGAUAGAUAGGAAUUUGACGUACGACUUACAUUUACAUUUACAUUUCUCUCUCUAUCUCUCUCUCUCUAAUUAUUUGUGUAGGAAACCCUUUUUUCGAAGUGUUGUAAAACGACUUGAAUAUUUUCAAUUUCCGGUAACCAAAAUUUUAACAGCAAAAGAUCAAAUAGGUUUUUAGGACAAGGAUCGGUGUCACAACAAGCAAUUGUCAGGUUCGUUAUGUAAAUACACAAAUGAGUAGUUUAGAAUGACUUUUCGAAACCACUUCUUUUUUUUUUUGUUCGACACUCUUCGUUUUGUGGUCCACUUGUGAGGUAGGUUAGUUGUACACUUGUAGUCUGACGGGUAGGUAGAAUUUAGUCCUUUGGUAGAGCCAAAGUGUAUAAUUGUUUUGUAUUGGGCGAACGGAAUAUUGACAAAUUGCAUAAUACCUAAAUUUCGGUCCACCGAAGAUUAUACGGUACACUAUUGUAAACUAUUAGUGUAUUUUGGCAUAUAGACACGUAUUCAAUUUAACAUUAGACUAUUAACCGCGUGACGUAUCCUCAUAUAGUGUUUAUGGGUAAAGGGCGGAUUUUAAGUAACGACAGCAGCGUAUUUUUUCAUUCGAUUUGAAAGCAUAUUAAAUUAACAAAAUAUGUGUACAAAUAUUAUGUGUAAAUUAUAUUAUUGUACUAAUUCAAUACAUUUCUUGUUGUCUUUUUAAAACAUA